GGCCUACAUACAUACAGUUGAAUAGGAAGUAGGUAGUGUCUGAGAUGAAAUCGUCAUUCACCCUUCUUCCAUCACGGUUUGUUUUUCAUGCCAAAAUCUAGUUGUGCAGCUGGUCUAGGAGAGAUGGAUGACGUAACAAAUCAGGCGAAGAUCAGGUGCCUUGAGGACGUGAGCAGGUACAAAGAGCAGCACAGGUGCAUGAGGUGUAGGAAGAGCACGCUGGUGCAAUGUGUGGUCUGCGACAGGUGUCUGGAGUUUGAGUAUUGCUCAAUGGAGUGCUGUGUCCAAGAUGAACUCGACCACGCUCACAUGUGUACUGUCAUUGGACUGAAAAAAGGCAUCCUGUAUGCCCAUGAAGACUCAAAGAAAGCACAUAGCGUACGCAUCAAGGCCAAAGUGUUGGAUGAUGAAGGGAAUCUCAAGUUUGAUGAGGUCGAUGAAGAGGUGAUUACACUGGAUAAAGACGUCUCAGACUUAACGAUGAAAGAGAAGAAAGCUGAUAGGGAUGCAAAUUUCGUCCAGAGCUGCACCAAAAGUGGCAAGUUUGGUGGUGCAGCAAAGUGUGACUCGGGUACUAACUCUGGUGCAACGUUUGGAGAGUCGUGGUUCAAACCCAAGGCACUCAAAGAGGAAAAAACACAAGGCUCGACAAAGUCGAAAUACAUCAAGACUAGCGUUAGAGUUCAAAAAGCUGAAAGUUCAAAAACAUUGGAUAAUCCUAAUACUAAUACUAAUCCUGAUCCACAAAGCAAAGUCAACAAAGGUGAACCUGAAACAGGUGUACAGGCUAACGGUGUGGAUAGUGGUGUGGCUAGUGGUGUGGCUAGCGGUGUGGCUAGCGGUGUGGCUAGCGGUGUGGCUAGCGGUGUGGCUAGCGGUGUGGCUAGCGGUGUGGCUAGCGGUGUGGCUAACGGUGUGGCUAGCGGUGUGGCUAGCGGUGUGGCUAGCGGUGUGGCUAGCGGUGUGGCUAGCGGUGUGGCUAGCGGUGUGGCUAGCGGUGUGGCUAGCGGUGUGGCUAGCGGUGUGGCUAGCGGUGUGGCUAGCGGUGUGGCUAGCGGUGUGGCUAACGGUGUGGCUAGCGGUGUGGCUAGCGGUGUGGCUAACGGUGUGGCUAGCGGUGUGGCUAGCGGUGUGGCUAGCGGUGUGGCUAGCGGUGUGGCUAGCGGUGUGGCUAGUGGUGUGGCUAGUGGUGUGGCUAGUGGUGUGGCUAGUGGUGUGGCUAGCGGUGUGGCUGUGGCUAGUGGUGUGGCUAGUGGUGUGGCUAGUGGUGUGGCUAGCGGUGUGGCUGUGGCUAGUGGUGUGGCUAGUGGUGUGGCUGUGGCUGGUGGUGUGGCUAGCAGUGUGUGGCAGCCAAGUGGAGUCUUCUGGGCUGGAACUGGUUUCAAGGGAGUCACUGACUCUGACAGUGACUCUGACGCUGAGAGUGAAGAAGAAACCUUGUACGGCAGACGUCAGAAAACAAACCCCGGAGCCGAGCAGAAAAUAUGUGAACAUUGCAAGAACAGGUCAAUUAAUCUCAAGACCUGCUCACGAUGUAAAGUCACGUAUUAUUGUAAUAAAACAUGUCAGCUGGCCGACUUCAGGAGACACAAGGAGAUGUGCAAGAGAGGCGCACGGUACCUUUCGGCCAGUCAGAAAAUCCCGGAGUUCCUGAUGUUUAGGUUCAUGUUAGGCGUCUCCAAACUAGCGCCGACUCUUUUAGACGUACCUUCAGAGUUUGACUUUGCAUUUUUUCGAAGUUCGGCCAGUAUCCUGUUGGAGAUUGUUGGGCCGUAUUUUCAUCCCUUUAGGCUCGGAGUGGAAGUCAUGGACCUGCAGGGAAACAAGUCUCACGUGAUGUUCUACGACCCAAUGAACGUCUACUUCCACGCACCAGCCCCCGUGUUUUUCGGCUUGCCCAUACCUCUGGCCCAGUGCUUGACCCCCGGGCGUUUCAUCCUGUUGAAGGAGGCGCAUUGGCACAACUUUCUGGAUGGGACCGUUGGCUUCAGGAUUGAUGAUCUGUCCACUGUGUAUUUUGUCAUGUAGCUUAUCAUAACUUGUGGGACGGAGUGGUCUAGCGGUGGAGAGCUGGACUGCUAACCCGAGUUCGAAUCCGGGUUCAAGUCAGUAGACCUUCCCUGAGUCCGCCCAACUCUGAUGGGUACCUAACUCACGUUAGGGAGAGUAACGGCGGCUGGGCAUAGUGCUGACCACACUAUCUCUUCAUAUGCCGAGGUCACAGAAACAAGUGAACUCUACUUCACUUGCCCCAUAGAAAGGGAAACUUUACUUUAUCAUAACUUAUCAUAAAUUUCAUAACCUAUCAUAGCUAUCAAUACUAUCAUAAACAUCAUAACCUAUCAUAACCUAUCAUAGCCCAUCAGAGCUGAGAUAUCAUUUAGCCACCUAUUUAAAUCGUUACAAAAUCAAUGUCGUCUGACCCGUAUUAUCGCUUGGCUAACUGCCCCGUGAUUAUUUUUCUUAAAUAACCAUAUCUGUUAUAUUAACACAACUUAUUGUUCUGUUAUGGCGCCAAAAUUCUAUUGUUACCCAAACCCGUACUUGUGUUUCUUCCUUAAAUUAAAAACAACAAUUCAAAAUUAGUUCUGACAUUUUGAUUACAUUUACUCAUUAACAAAGAAUUUUAAUAGUAAAUUUAUUUGAAAAGUUUAAUAAGGCCGUUCAAUCCUUAGACGUAUUGACUGAACUACUGUAAGGAAUUAUCUGAAAAGGGGAGUAAUGCUGAGUUAAGACGAUCACGGAACAAAUAAUAAUCGGGAAUUUCUGAGGACCUUUUGUUGAUA